AUGGUCUCUCUCCGCUCCCAGCUUCUGGCCCUGGCCGCUGCCCUGGCCAUCCCCGCCGUCUCUGGCCAGGACCUCGAGGACUUCAUCGCCAAGCAGCGCCCUCUGUCACUGACCAAUGUUCUCAACAACCUUGGUGCCGCUGCCGGCGCCGCCCCCGGCCUGGUCAUCGCAAGCCCCUCCAAGACCGACCCUCCCUACUACUACACUUGGACCCGUGACUCGGCCUUGACCUUCAAGAUGCUCAUCGACGAGUUCAUCCACGACCCUGUCGCCAACGCCAACCUCGAGAAGCACAUUCGUGACUACCUUCGCGCCCAGGCCAUCCUCCAGACUGUCGCCAACCCCUCCGGCGCCCUGCUGCCCUCCGGCCGCGGUCUCGGCGAGGCUAAGUACGAGGUUGACGGCUCACGCUUCAAUGGCGCCUGGGGUCGCCCACAGAGGGAUGGACCUCCUCUGCGCGCCGUCGCCCUCAUCACCUGGGCCAACUGGCUCGCCGAUUCGGGCGACGAGGGCGAGGAAGAGGCGAGGGACAUCGUCUGGCCCGUCAUUGCCAACGAUCUCGCCUACACUGGACAGUACUGGAACUCAACCGGCUUCGACCUCUGGGAGGAGGUCUCCGGCUCCAGCUUCUUCACCACCCAGGCUCAGUACCGCGCUCUGAUCGAGGGUGCCGAGCUCGCUGAGCGCCUCAACACGACGUGCGGCGCCGCCUGCGACGAGGCCCCUGCCGUCGGCUGCUUCCUCAACUCAGACAGCUACUGGAACGGCCGUCACCACAUUGCCAACAUCAACACCAACACCCAGCGCUCCGGAAAGGACGCCAACACCAUGCUCGGCGCCAACGCCGCCUUUGAUAUUGCCGCCUCCUGCGACAGUGCCACCAUUCAGCCCUGCCACCCUCGCGCCCUGGCGUCUUUCAAGCAGUGGGUUGACGCCUGGCGUGAUCCUGCCGAAUACCCCAUCAACGAGGGUAUCCCCAGCAACGAGGGCAUUGCCAUCGGCCGCUACACUGAGGACAUCUACUACAACGGCAACCCUUGGUACCUCAUCACUCUUGGUGCUGGCGAGUUCCUUUUCAACGCCGCCCACCAGUGGAAGGCCCACGGCUACAUCACCAUUGACAGCACCUCCCUGCCCUUCUUCCAGGAUCUCUGUCCCGAGGCCAAGGUUGGUACCUUCAAGCGCCCCUGCUCCAAGAACCCCAAGGCUCCCUUCAACGUCAUUGUCGAAGCUGCCAACCGCUACGGCGAUUCGUUCCUCGCCGUCGCUCAAAAGUACACCCCGGCCGACGGCUCCCUCGCCGAGCAGUACAACCGUGACCCUCCCUUCGAGCCCCAGAGCGCCCGCGACCUGACCUGGUCCUACGCCGCCUUUGUCACCGCCGCCGCCCGCCGCGCCGGCGAGUUCCCUCCCACUUGGGUCCCUGCCAACCUGCCCAUCCCCUCGACCUGCGCCGCCUCGUCCGCGCGGGGCACCUAUGCCCCUGCCACCGCCGCUGGUGCGCCCGACCUUGGCGAGGUCCCCUGCGCUGCGCCCGUCACCUUCCGUGUCGACGCCAGGACCUACUACGGCGAGGACAUCUACGUCGUCGGCGGUGCGCCGUCUCUCGGCAACUGGAACGUCGAGAACGCCCAGCCCCUGACCGCCGACGGCUACACCGACGCCCGGCCGCUCUGGGCCAUUGACGUCGACCUCGACGCCGCGGGCCAGACCGUCACCUACCAGUUUGUGCGCAGGCAAAACUGCGGCCAAGGCUACAUUUACGAGACGGUCAACAGGACCGUCGACGUGCCGGCGUGCGGUGUCACGACGCCGACCGUCCUCGAGGCCACGUGGACUGGCCCCGUGGGUACACCCGGAAAUUGCUAG